GCAUAGUAGAUUGGAGCUAUUGAUGGUGGUUGUAGAAUAUAAACCGCCAAGGCUUUAUUUCAUGUAAAUUGAGUGCAAUAUGAUUUUUUCCUGAUCGAUCUUAAUUAAAUGUUUAAGAAAAAUAAGUAAGAAAUUAUGGGAAGACUAAAAGUUUUGGAAGUAGUCAAUUUUAAAAGCUAUAAAGGUCGACAAGUGGUAGGGCCUUUUAAGAAUUUUACCGCUAUUAUCGGCCCCAAUGGAUCGGGGAAAUCGAAUCUUAUGGAUGCUAUCAGUUUUGUUCUUGGAGAAAGAGCAAGCAACCUGAGAGUAAAACGUCUUUCGGAUUUGAUUCAUGGUGCUCCAGUCGGAAAACCAGCUAGUAAUAAAUGUGAAGUUAGCGCUGUUUACGAAGAUCCUGACACAGGCGAUGAAAUUAGAUUUUCUAGAAGCGUUAUCGGAAAUACGUCAGAGUAUCGAAUAAAUGGUCGAGUUGUUAAAGUUGAGGAAUAUUCAACGGCUUUAGAAAAAAUCGGCAUUUUAAUGAAGAGUAAGAACUUUCUCGUUUAUCAAGGACAAGUUGAGAAUAUAGCGAUGAAAAACGCAAAAGAAAGAACCGCAAUGUUUGAAGAAAUGAGUAGAUCAUUGGAAUUGAAGGAAGAUUAUGAUAAGGCAAAACAAGAAAUGCACAGGGCUGAGGAAGAAACUCAGCAAAAUUAUCACAAAAAGAAAGGAAUCGCGCAAGAACGUAAAGAAGCUAGAUUAGAAAAAGAAGAGGCUGAUAAAUAUCAAGCUCUAAGAGAGGAACUCAACGUCAAAGAACAACAGCUUCAUCUCUUUAAACUCUAUCAUAAUGAACAAGAAAUAAAUGGAACAGAUAUAGAGCUAAGGAAAAAACACGAACAAGCAGAUAAAGAAAGCAAAAAGAGAGAAAAGAUUGAGAAUCAGUUAAAGGAUAAAAAGAAGGAAAUUGGGGUAUUUCAAAGAGAUAUGGCAAAAAUUGAUGAACAAAUUAAGGAAAAGGCUGCAGAAGAAAUGAAAAAGCGACCUGUUUUCAUAAAAGCCAAAGAAAAAACGACCCACGUCUAUAAGAGAUUAGAAAGCACGAAAAAAUCUCUCAAAUCAACUCAGGAUUCUAUUAAAAGACGAGAUGAAGUUAUAAGACAAUUAGAAACCCAAGUAAAUGAAGUAGAAGAGGAAAAACAAGAAUUUGAAGAACGUCUAGAAGAGGAAUCUCAGAGAGUGGGAAAAAAUUUGCAACUCGAAGAGAGCCAAAUGAAAGAAUAUCAUAGGUUGAAGGAUGAGGCUGGAAAGAGAGCUACUAAGCUCACACAAGAAAUGGAUUCUGUCAUGAGAGAACAAAAGAGCGAUCAAGAUCGAAUGGAUAAUGACAAGAGAAGAAAAUCUGACUUAGCGCUAAAGUUACAAAAUAAGGUACACGAAGAAGAAGAGCUUCGUAAACGAAUAGACAGACUCGAAGAAACUAUUCGGCAAACUCAAAAAACACUCGACGAACAAAGAACAAUGGAACAACAAAUGGCCUCUGAAAUGGAAAAAGUCAAUGAAGAAAUGUCUACUAUUCAAAGAGAUCUUGAAGAAGUCAUUGAUCAACUCGGUCAAGCAAAAGUUGACAAAAAUGAAAGUUCCAGGGCAGCAAAGAAAAAGGAGGUCAUUGAGAAUUUAACCAGACUCUUCCAGGGAGUUCACGGAAGAUUGAUUUAUCUCUGUGAACCUAGCCAUAAGAGGUAUCAAAUUGCUGUAACCAAAGUUUUGGGGAAAAAUAUGGACGCUAUAGUCUGCGAUACAAAUAAAGUAGCAAGAGAUUGUAUUCAAUAUCUCAAAGAACAGCGUCUCGAGCCUGAAACUUUUCUUCCGCUGGAUUCCCUUAAAUUUAACGAAAUUAAUCAAAAACUUCGAGAAAUUACUGAGCCUAAAAAUGUCAAACUUAUAUUUGAUGUAAUUAGAUAUGAAAAAAGUUAUGCUAAAAAGGCUCUAUUAUAUGCUUGUGGAAACGCUUUGGUAUGUGAAACAACCGAUGAUGCCAGAAAAGUAGCCUUUCAGAGGGGAGAUCGUCAACAAGCCGUUUCUCUAGACGGUACAAUGUUUCAAAAGAAUGGAACAAUUUCAGGUGGAGCAAGUGAUCUCAAAGCUAAAGCCCGACGAUGGGAUGAAAAAUUAAUGAAUGAACUAAAGCAUAAUAAAGAUAAGCUUAACGAUAAAUAUCGUGAGUUGACAAAAAAGAAGAGGAAAGAAAGUGACCUUAAUGCUCUACGAACACAAAUUCGUGGGUCGGAAUCCAGAUUGAGAUAUGUUCUCAGUGAUCGGGACUCAACGCAAAAUAAAUCACUGGCAAACGUCCUCUUAGAAAUAGAACGUAUCAGGGAUGAACUUGAUAAGCAAGACCCCGAGUACAAAAUUAUCGAGGAACGCAUGAAGAAAAGAAACGAACGUAUUCAGGGCGUAAAAGAAAAGCGUAAUCGAAUAGAGGACGAGAUUUUUACCGAAUUCUGCGAGCAGAUUGGAGUUUCAAAUAUAAGAGAUUACGAAGAAAGAGAAUUGGCUGAACAAGAAGAGCGUAGCAGAAAGAGACUCGAAUAUGAAGAUCAUUUAACCAAGUUACAAAACGAAAUUGAUUUUGAAGUUUCAAAUAAUAAUGCUGCUGAAACCCAAGUCGCCAAAUUCAAGAAAAAUAUCAACGAAUUAGACAAAGAAUUUGAAAAAGUUAAGAAAGAUGAAAAGAAACACCUGCGUACCAUAGAGGAGUUGCAAGAUGAGCAAAAUGAGUUAAAAAACAAAAGAAUUCAGUUGAAAACCGAUAUCGAUAAAGGGGAGGAAGAAGGUUUAGAACUUAGGAAAAAGGUCCAAAACGCUCUUAAAGAUGCUGCACAAACGAAUAAAAUAAUAGCACAGUUAGAUAACAAACUGGAGCAAAAGAAAUCUGAACGCCAUUCGCUGCUACAAGCUUGUAAACUAGAAGACAUUGAUUUACCUCUUGAAAGUGGCUCGUUACGAACACUUUAUGAUUCCGAGGAUUUCGAAUCGUCACAGAGACAAUCCCAGCGUAUGUACGAACAAGAGAGCGGAAUUGUGAUCAAUUAUUCGAAACUGCCAAAGAACUUUAGAGACAUAGAUUCACCAGAGGGCGUAAAAAAAGCUCUGGAGGCUCUUAUUAAAGAAGUAAAUGACAAACAAAAUCAUUUGCAAAGAAUAAAUGCCCCAAAUAUGCGAGCUGUAGAGAAAUUAGAUGGAGUUCGCGAACGCUUGCAUGAAACCAACGAGGAAUUCGAACAAGCCAGGAGGAAAGCUAAGAAGUCUAAAGCUAACUUUGAACGUUAUCGAAAAGAACGAUUUGAAAGGUUUAUGCGCUGUUUUGAACAUGUUUCGAAUAAGAUUGACGAAAUCUACAAGUCAUUAGCUAGAAACCAGAGUGCUCAAGCUUUCUUGGGACCCGAAAAUGCUGAAGAGCCCUAUCUCGAAGGAAUAAGCUACAAUUGCGUAGCACCAGGGAAACGAUUCAGACCAAUGGAUAAUUUAUCAGGAGGAGAAAAAACAGUUGCGGCUCUUGCUUUACUAUUUGCUAUUCACUCUUUCCAACCAGCACCGUUUUUUGUUUUGGACGAGAUUGAUGCAGCUUUGGACAACACAAACAUCUCAAAAGUCGUGGGAUAUAUAUGUGAACAAGCGAAAUCAAAUUUUCAAAUGAUAGUAAUCUCAUUGAAAGAAGAAUUUUUUUCCCAUGCUGAUGCGCUGGUUGGAAUUUAUCCAGAUUUAGAAGUUACAGAAGGAAUGGUCGGAAGUCAGGUAGUCACCCUAGACUUAAGCAAUGUUCCUGAUACGCAUUUAAUGCCAAGCGAUGGCGUUGUACAAUAUUAA